GCUUCCUUCAUGUCGAUUGUAAUUACUUGUAAUCAAAUACAUCUCCCGGAUACAACGUACGCAUAUAAUAAGUAAGGCAUAAGCAACCUUGUCGAGUUUACAACAAUAUUCCAGAUCCGACUACCAUUGACCUCGUCAAAGACAACUCCUCACCUAGAAAGUUUAGACGGUUUACACCGCAUAACGCGUUUGCAUGCUCGGCCUCCGACCGACGCUGCGGGCCCGGCCUUCUUUAGUGGAGCUGAUCGAACGGCGGGGAAACCACGGCCAAAGUACAAGUUCGGGUUCAAGUCGGCCGGUCACACCUACCUCGAGCCCUGCGCAAUCUGCGUCACCUGGCAGCUCUAACAGCCCCGCCAGAGCCGCUAGAGCCGCUAAAGCCACAGGUCUAACAGCUGAAGCUGCUAACCAACCACUACCACCCAGCCCGCUGCUAUCACCAGCUACCACUAGCACUAACGCCAUAGCCACCACUGCCACUGCUACUCCUAACAUCAUCACAACUUCAACUUCAACUUCAACUUCAACUUCAACACCCACCACAUCGACGCCGGUCUCGUCACCCCCAGCUUCGCCCUUACUAGCUCCUACAAUAUCUAUCUCUCCUGUCUCUCCAGCUACAGAGCCGCUUCCUACACCGAAAGAGACUCCCAAGAUGGCUCCGUCAGCGAAUGCCACAAAUGGCGAAGAAGCGCUUAAUAGUGGCAAGAUUUACUCCGUAUCCGGACCCGUCGUGGUGGCCGAAGACAUGAUCGGAGUUGCCAUGUACGAGCUCGUAAGAGUCGGUCACGAUAACUUAGUCGGUGAAGUCAUUCGAAUCAAUGGUGACCAAGCCACCAUCCAAGUAUAUGAAGAGACCGCUGGUAUAACUGUGGGCGACCCCGUCCAAAGAACCGGUAAACCUCUUUCCGUCGAACUCGGUCCCGGCUUAUUACACAACAUCUACGAUGGAAUUCAACGACCUCUCGAGAAGAUUGCCCAACAGUCUAACAGCAUCUACAUCCCUCGCGGUAUUUCUGCGCCUGCUCUCAACCGAACUAAGAAGUGGGAGUUUACACCUACCUUGAAGGUCGGCGACCACAUCUCCGGUGGUGACGUCUGGGGAACCGUCUUUGAGAACUCUUUCAUUAAGGUACAUAAGAUCCUACUUCCACCACGAGCAAGGGGAACUAUCACCAGAAUUGCCGGAAAGGGUGAAUAUACCGUGGACGAGAAGAUCCUCGAGGUCGAGUUCAAUGGCACCAAGACCGAGUAUGGUAUGAUGCACACCUGGCCCGUCCGUGUCCCACGACCCACGACCGAGAAGCUCUCCGCCAACAGCCCCUUCAUUGUCGGCCAGCGAGUUCUGGACGCCCUUUUCCCUAGUGUACAAGGCGGUACUGUGGCUAUUCCCGGUGCUUUCGGUUGUGGCAAGACUGUCAUUUCGCAGUCCGUCUCCAAAUUUUCCAACAGCGACGUCAUCGUGUAUGUCGGAUGUGGUGAGCGCGGUAACGAGAUGGCUGAAGUCUUGAAAGAUUUCCCCGAGCUUUCUAUCGAGGUUGAGGGCCGCAAGGAGCCUAUCAUGAAGCGAACAACCCUGAUCGCCAAUACCUCUAACAUGCCUGUCGCCGCCCGAGAAGCUUCCAUCUACACGGGUAUCACUGUCGCCGAGUACUUCCGUGACCAGGGCAUGAACGUGGCUAUGAUGGCUGACUCGUCAUCUCGAUGGGCCGAAGCCCUGCGUGAAAUUUCCGGCCGUCUCGGUGAAAUGCCUGCUGACCAAGGUUUCCCUGCUUACCUUUCCGCUAAGCUAGCCAGUUUCUACGAGCGUGCAGGAAGGACGAGCUGUCUAGGCUCCCCCGAGCGCGAGGGCAGUAUCAGCAUCGUCGGUGCCGUCAGUCCUCCAGGUGGUGAUUUCUCCGAUCCCGUUACCAGUUCGACACUCAGUAUCGUCCAAGUGUUCUGGGGUCUCGACAAGAGACUCGCGCAGCGGAAGCACUUUCCGUCCAUCAACACGUCGCUGUCAUACAGCAAAUACACAAACACGCUGGACAAGUGGUACGAGAAGGACUAUCCCGACUUCCCGCGGUUACGUGACCGCAUCAAGCAGCUUCUAUCAGACUCGGAGGAGCUGGACCAGGUGGUGCAGCUGGUCGGUAAAUCAGCGCUGUCGGACCCCGACAAGAUCACGCUGGACAUUUCGACACUGCUAAAGGAGGACUUCCUACAGCAGAACGGAUACUCGGAUUACGACCAGUUCUGCCCUAUCUGGAAGACGGAAUGGAUGAUGAAGCUUAUGGUCGGCUUCCAUGACGAGGCGCAGAAGGCCGUUGCACAGGGCCAGAGCUGGUCCAAGGUUCGUGAGGCUACGAGUGACCUCCAGGCGCAGCUGCGAAGCCUCAAGUUUGAGCUCCCAAGCGAGGGACGGGAGGCUAUUAGUAAGAAGUACGAGGCCAUCCAGCAGGCUAUGAUGGACAAAUUCGCCGCCGUCAUGGACGAGUAAAACGGGAAAGGAGGGCUGUAGUUUAUCCGAUGUUAUACAAAGUACUUUUUCUUGAGGUGCCGUCGGGUAUAAAUGUAGUGUGUACAUAAAGAAUAGGAGAUAUGUCUAGUCCGUGGCCAUGCUAAUGCCAUCGGCUAACUAACUGAGCAAGCUGAGCUAAACGAGCAGGGUUAGGGUACUGUUACCAAUACAAUUGAAUUGUUACUUUUACUUUUUGAUGACCGU